CUCGUGGUUCGCGGGGUUCGUAAGGAAAAGCUGAGCAGCGUCCAGUUCAGCUGGAUGUUACCCCAGCUGAGCUCGGGGUCCCGCGCGCCUCAGUCCCUGCUCACCUUCACCCCGCGAGGGAUUCUGGGAGGGGACGUCGCGGGUCCCGAGUCGCUGGGCGGGUUUCCAGAGCCCGCCGCGCUGGGAGGGGCACAGGUCCGUGAAUCGCCAGGUCCACACACCCCACAGUGGUCUGCCAUUUUUUUUUUCCCCUUUAAUUCUCUCUUCUCAGGACUUUGUUCUCCAAAAGGGACUACUGAAGAAGGAAAGAAGGAUGGCUGUUGGGCUUUGUAAAGCCAUGUCCCAGGGUCUGGUGACCUUCAGAGAUGUGGCUCUAGAUUUUUCCCAAGAGGAAUGGGAAUGGCUGGACCCGUCUCAGAAGGAUUUGUACAGAGAUGUCAUGUUGGAGAACUACAGGAACUUGGUAUGGCUUGGACUCUCCAUUUCUAAGCCCAACAUGAUCUCCUUAUUGGAGCAAGGGAAGGAACCUUGGAUGGUGCAGAAAGAGAUGUCAGAUGGUCAGUAUACUGACUGGGAGUCUUGGUAUGAAAUCAAGGAAUUAUCUCCAAAAUGGUACAUUGGUGAAGAGGAAAUAUCCCAGGGGAUGGUAAAGGAAAGACUUAGAAGUUAUGACGUUGAAUAUUCCAGUUUCAGAGAAGCCUGGAAAUAUGAGGGUGAAUUUGCGCGGCAUCAACAAAAGGAGAGGCAUUUCAGGCAAGUGACAGCCCUUAAGGAAAUCUCUGCUGUGAAAAUGGACAAAAAAUAUAAUAAUUCUGAGAGAAGUGUUCUCUUGAAAUCAGUACUUUCACCACAAGAGAGAGUUCCCACAGUACAGCAAGUACAUAAAUUUGGCAUUUAUGAUAAAAUGUUUCCCCCAAAUUCCGUCCUAAUUGAACGUAAAAGAUUACCUGCUGAGAAGGACUCUUUGACAGAUAAUGAAUGUGAAGAAUUCAACCAGAGUACAUACCAUAGUAAAGAUACAGGAAUUCGUCCUGCGGAGAAACCUUUUGAAAGUAGUGAUUUUUCGAAUCUCUUAAGUUUCCAUUCAUUAUUUACUCAGCAUCAAACAACUCAUUUUGGAAAAUUACCACGUGGAUUCAGUGAAUGUGAUGAUGCCUUUAGCUGUUACUCAUUCUUUACUCAACCUCAGAGAAUUCACACUGGAGAGAAACUGUUUGUAUGCAAUGACUGUGGAAAAGCCUUUAGUCAUGACUUCUUUCUCAGUGAACAUCAAAGAACUCACAUUGGAGAGAAACCAUAUGAAUGUAAGGAAUGUAACAAAGCUUUUAGACAGAGCGCACACCUUGCUCAACAUCAAAAAAUCCACACUGGAGAGAAACCUUUUGCAUGCAGUGAAUGUGGGAAGGCCUUUAGCCGUUAUGCCUUCCUUGUUGAACAUCAGAGAAUUCACACAGGAGAGAAACCAUAUGAAUGUAAGGAAUGUAACAAAGCCUUCAGACAGAGCGCACACCUCAAUCAGCAUCAGAGAAUUCACACUGGAGAGAAGCCCUAUGAAUGUAAUCAAUGUGGAAAAGCCUUCAGCAGACGCAUCGCCCUUACUCUGCAUCAAAGGAUUCAUACAGGAGAGAAACCCUUUAAAUGUAAUGAAUGUGGGAAGACUUUUGGCUAUCGCUCACACCUUAAUCAACAUCAGAGAAUUCAUACAGGUGAAAAGCCUUAUGAAUGCAUCAAAUGUGGGAAGUUUUUUAGGACUGACUCGCAACUUAAUCGACAUCAUAGAAUACAUUCCGGAGAGAGACCUUUUGAAUGCAGUAAAUGUGGGAAAGCCUUCAGUGAUGCUUUAGUUCUGAUUCAUCAUAAGAGAAGUCAUGCAGGAGAGAAACCCUAUGAAUGCAACAAAUGUGGGAAGGCCUUCAGUUGUGGCUCAUACCUUAAUCAACAUCAAAGAAUUCAUACUGGAGAGAAACCUUAUGAAUGUAAUGAAUGUGGGAAGGCUUUCCAUCAGAUCUUGUCCCUUAGGCUACACCAGAGAAUUCAUGCUGGAGACAAACCCUAUCAUUGUAACGAGUGUGGGAAUAAUUUUAGCUGUGCCUCAGCCCUUAGACGACAUCAGAAAAUUCAUAAUAGAGAAACUCUCUGAUUGUAACAAGUGUAUGAAAGAAAACAUUUAGUCACCACUCAGUCCUUAUUAAAUAAAUAUCAAUGAAUUCUUUGGUUAAUGAUUCUAUGAAUGUAGUAAAUAUGGAGAAGCCUUCAGUUUAUGAGCAUCCUUUAUUUGAAAUAGCCUGAAUCAUAGACAUCUGUUACUUUUGGAUCUAUUCUGUGCCCCAUUUAAAACUUACCUCGCCCUUAGUGCAAAUUAUUCUGAUGAAACUAUUAGGGAGAGCAGUGGAUUGGUCAUAGGCUGGCCACAGUCUGGUUAAUAAGGACUUGGAAGAUGGCCCUGUUUGCACCACUAAAACACUAGGGGGGCAUUAUUACAGAUAUAAGAAAAGAUCAUUUUUUCCCCUGGAAUUGCAAGUUUCAUGGAUUUAAAGGAUUUUUAAGGUUAACAACUCACCAUAGCUUUUUUUUUUUUUUUUUUUUGGUCACCGCAUGAGGAAAGCCUUCCCAAGAUCAGUCUAACACAGAGGAAAAUGGAGAUAAGAGACAAAUCUGAUGACAUUGUUUGAUCUUCUGAGUUCAAUCAUGCCUGAAGUCUAUACCAUCUUUUACUUUUUAAUUUCUGUGGUCCAAUAAAUUUCCUUUUUUUUUUCCCCUUAAUUUGAAUUGGAUUACUGCCUCUUGGAAUUACAGUCCUGAUUCAUACACCCUAUGUUUGCUGUACAUUUGAAAAAGCCUUAAUUUUUUAUGGCACAAUUAUCCUGAGAAACUCUGUAAACAAACAAGUAUUUGGAAGUUGAAUACACAGCCUUCAUGAAGCUGAGAGAAUUAUUAUGUUUUACUUGUUGAUAAAAAUUAAUUUGGUA